AUGAAUUUUGAAUAUGUUGUUAAAAGGAACGAAAAGAAAAAAAUAUGUUUCGGAUCUACAUUAGAAAGAAAACUUUUGGAAGAUGACACCAAAGGAUUAACAUCUAAAUUAGCAAAAACUUAUUUAAGGGAAAAUUUACCCGUGGCUCCGGGAAUGUACGAUCACUCUAAUGUGACAUCGUCAAUCAAUCCUACUAGCAAUUUAGGUACUGUAUUGGGUGGAAGAAAAGCCGAAAGAAAAACAAUAUUUACCGGUAGUUUAACUCCAGCACCUGGAGAAUAUAAUUUACCAUCAAUGCUCCCGGAAAAAUAUAUUCAAGUUGGAACGUAUAAUAUAAGUGCAUCUAAACAUCGAACGUUAAAUUUUAAAUAUUCAUUCGGUGGUAAAAAAUGUCUAUUUCCAAUAAUUAAAGUUAAAUGUGCUCCUUAUAAUUUUGAUGAAUGCGAACGUUGUCAAAAAUAUCCAGAGGGAGAUUAUUGGUAUUUGGAAGCCAUUGAAAGCAAGCCAAUUUUGAAACCUUUUUGUGUCGUCCUUGUUAUGAAAUAG